AUGGACAAUGCUUUCUUCAGUGGGAUAGUAAAAGGUUUAGAAGGGCUACCAGAGAUUUCUGCUGAUUACAAGAAUGUUAAACUGGUGAGACACGGUGGAAACAUGUUGGUUCUGUGGGACGAGUUUGUUGGGAGAAAGGAGAAUAUGGUUUGGUGUGCAGAGAUUUCUCUUGAAAGGUGCAGUAAUGAAGAGAUUUGGGGAAAGGUUGAGUGGUUUGAUUGGGUGCUUACAGUCCCUAAGUCUUAUGUGUUCAUGUAUGCUCUCUCUGCUACUUUUUGA